AUGAAGACCAACCCUGCUGGCUCCCCAUUAGAAACCUGUCAAACUGCAGGCCAGGGCGAGAAGGGGUGCCCUGUAUGCCAGGUCUGCAGAGGGGCCUCCGGCCUGGGGUCUGCUUCAAAGUCAGGGUCAGGCCUUAGGCCAGGGCCUGGAGUGGUUCUGGACUCUGGCCUGGGGCCUGGGGCUAUUUCAGGACCUGGGCCUGGGCCUGGACCUGGGCCUGGGCCUGGGCCUACGGCCGUCCCAGGGUCUGGGCCACAGCCUAGUGCUGUUUCUGUGACUGGGCUGCGACCUGGUACUACUUCAGGGCCUAAUGCUACUCUGGGACCUGGGCUAGGAGCAGGAUCAUUACCUGGACCAGGAGCUAGGCCUGGACUGAGGCCAGGAUCUGAGUCAGUACCUCAACCAGGAGCUGGCCCAGUACCUCAGCCAGGAGCUGGCCCAGUACCUCAGCCAGGAGCUGGCCCAGUACCUCAGCCAGGAGCUGGCCCAGUACCUCAGCCAGUAAGUGAGUCAGUAACUGGUCCUGGAGCUGCACCAUUACCUGGGCUGGGAACCAGACGAGGCUCUGGGACUGGCUCUGACCCCAGUGAAUCACUGGGAACCCCAGUACCAGUGCUACAGCAGAAGACUCAGGCCAAACACACACAGGCUCCCAAACAGAAGGUUCUGGUGACUGGAGGAGGAGGUUACCUGGGCUUCAGCUUGGGUUCCUGCCUGGCCAAGAGAGGCACUUCUGUCAUCCUGCUUGACCUCCGCAGACCCCAGUGGCCACUACCCUCAGGAACUGAGUUUAUCCAGGCUGAUGUCCGAGAUGAAGAAGCCCUGUACCAAGCCUUCCAGGGGGUGGACUGUGUCUUUCACGUGGCCUCCUAUGGCAUGUCUGGGGCUGAGAAGCUACAAAAACAGGAGAUUGAGUCUAUAAAUGUCGGAGGCACCAAACUAGUGAUUAAUGUCUGUGUCCGUCGGCGGGUUCCAAGGCUCGUGUACACCAGCACAGUCAAUGUGAUGUUUGGUGGGAAGCCCAUAGAACAGGGCAAUGAGGACUCCAUCCCAUAUUUCCCCCUGGACAAGCAUAUGGACCACUACUCUCGAACCAAAGCCAUUGCUGACCAGUUGACUCUCAUGGCCAAUGGGACACCACUCCUAGGAGGAGGCACCCUCCGCACCUGUGUGCUCCGUCCCCCAGGGAUCUAUGGCCCCGAAGAACAGAGACACCUGCCCCGGGUGGCGAGCCACAUCAAGAAGAGACUGUUCAUGUUCCGGUUUGGGGACCGCAGGACGCGCAUGAACUGGGUCCACGUGCAGAAUCUUGUGCAGGCACACAUGCUGGCGGCUGAGGGCCUCACCAUGGCUAAAGGCUACGUGGCUAGCGGGCAGGCAUACUACAUCAAUGAUGGAGAGAGCGUCAACCUCUUUGAGUGGAUGGCCCCUCUGUUUGAGAAGCUGGGGUACAGUCAGCCCUGGAUCCAGGUACCGACCUCCUGUGUUUAUCUGACAGCUGCAGUGAUGGAGUACCUGCACCUGGCACUGAGACCCAUCUGCACCAUCCCCCCACUACUCACCCGCAGUGAGGUGCUCAGCGUGGCCGUGACGCACACCUUCCAGAUUGCCAAGGCCCGCGCUCAGCUUGGCUAUGCGCCGGACAAGUUCAGCUUCGCCGACGCAGUGGAGCGAUAUGUGCAGGCCACGACCCCGCAGCCCCGCUGUUGCACCGUGCUGACGCUCCUGAGGCUGCUGCUCAUGCUGCUGCUACUGCUUGGCCUGCUCGGCCUGGCCCUGUUCUUCCUAGGGCUGCAGCCUUUGCAGGCAGUGGUGGAGAGGCUUUGAGCCGGACCCCGACCACGCCCACGCAAGACUUGCUGCGUUUCUACCGGGCUUUUUGACCCGCCCCUGCCUCUUGACCCCGCCCCGAUUCCUAGCCGCGCCUCCGCUCCGCUCUCUUGGUUUCUUUCUAUUCGUUCGCGUGUUUGGGCUCACUUCCUUGUUUCCUUGCUCUUCGCCUCUUGGUCCAGUGUGGUACUCUUUCCCGAGGCUAGGGGAGGUGGCUGAUGAGGUUCCAGCCUCAGCCUGCUUCUCCUUCCCAGCCAUUUCCAGUCCUACCCAGUCUAGCCUUCUCCUUUCUAUUCUUCCAGAUCCUUCCUUGCUCUGGCUUCGCCCCUUUCUGCCUCCAUCGGCACGCUGAAAAGUCCUGCCUUCGCGGUUGGUCUAAUGCGUGAGUUCUAGUUGGUGGAGUUUGUGGAAUUGGACCUGUCUUCUUCCUCCUUUUGGGGCCUUCUCCCUUCCACCUCUUCUUUGAGAUUAUCCUGAUCUUGACACCGAUCUAUGUGUUGACUAGCUGGGAAAGGGUACCUACCCAAGCCCAACUUGAUAGCAUUUGGUUCUCAUUUAAUGAGUGGAAACGACUCCAAAGGAGGAAAUGGGGGUGAAGGAGGGGGAGUUUGUAAAAUAAAUUUGAAUGUCUCAUUAAAGAGCACCAAUAUAA